GGAAAUUCACUUGUGAUAGUGUGAGAUUUUAUUUGCUACUAGUUUGUUUUUACUGAUACGAAUGAAUCUGAAUUAGGGUUUGUUGGGAUUAGGAGAUAAGGGAAAAUGAAGCAAGUAGUAGGAAUGGUGGUUUCGAAUAAAAUGCAGAAUUCGGUUGUGGUGGCAGUGGAUAGAUUAUUUCACCACCCGGUGUUCAACAGAUAUGUUAAGCGCACUUCAAAGUUCAUGGCUCACGACGAGAACAAUCUUUGUAAUAUCGGUGACCGGGUUCGAUUGCAUUCUUCUAGGCCUUUGAGCAAGCGUAAACAUUGGGUGGUUGCUGAAAUUCUCAAGAAAGCACGCAUAUAUGUUCCUCCUUCUGCACCGGUGUCUGAGAAUGUGAGCUCCGGAGGACCUACAUCUACAUCAUGAAUUGGUUAAAGGAGGAAUUUUAAUGUGACAUGUUCCAAGGUUGAUUAGCUUGUUUGUUGAUGGGUUAGAACUUAGAAU